AAACAGAUUAGUUCCUUUGAAAGAGGCCCUUUGCUAUAAGCUCUGAGAGCCUCAAUCGCAGUUCUCUCCUCGCCUCUACUUCCGCCCCUGGAAAUCACAUUUUUCAUUAUGAUUUAAGAGCCUAUGGAAACAAGCACUUCUAAAAAUGUUUAACAAUUGAGAGAAAAUAAAUUUAGAAAAAAAAAUUACUAUUUUACUUAAGCUUGAAAAAAAAAAACAUGCCUCUUGUUGGCGCCACGCUGUAGCCAAGUAAUACAAUUGGAUAUGCUAUGUGUGCAUUUUAUCUUAGUUAUUGGUGCAACUAUUUCCGGAACAUCAUCUAAAGAAAUAUCCUAUGAUUGUGAGGGUGUAGAUAUAGCGACGAGGAAAGAUUGGGAAGCUCGAAAUGCUAUGCGUGAAAGGGAGAUGAGUCUUCCUGUUAACCAUGUGAUAAUUUUGCACACCGAUACAACAUUUUGCAUGAAGGACUGGCACUGUGUGAGAGAAGUACAGACUAUGCAAAAUUACUGGUUGGACGAAAAAGGCUUAUGGGAUCUUGGCUACAAUUUCUUGAUUAGUGGAAAUGGAAGAGUUUACGAAGUAAGAGGUUGGAACUUAACUGGAGCUCAUGUUCCCAAUUAUAAUACCAACUCAUAUGGCAUAGCCUUCAUUGGUGAUUUUGAGAAAGACAUUCCAACCAAAUCAAUGUUAAAUUCCGCUCUUCAGUUGAUUGAUUGCGGUGUGAAGAGGGGUUAUCUGACUCCUGCUCGAGAAAUACAUGGACAUAGAGAUUGCAUUUGCACAGAAUCUCCUGGAAAAAACCUUUACAAUGUUAUAAAAUAUUGGAAACAUUUCAAAGGUGGACGAUUACCCAUGUAUGUCUGUUAGUUGAAGAAAAGUUAGUUGACUAAGAGAAGCUUUGAACAUAAAUCUUACUUAAAUGUUUAGAUUUCUUAAAAGUAAAAAUUGAGAACUGGUUUGA